UCUCCGAUCACUCCCGCCUCCUCUGCUAUUCCCCACCCUUUCGAAAUCCCGAACAACUGAAAUCUCCCUGAAGUCCUGUUGUUUUCAGCUCCGAUGGCGCCGGCGGGGGACGAUUUCGCGAAGGAAGAAAAGAAUCCCCCUCCUCUUGACGAAGACGACAUAGCGCUCCUUAAAACCUAUGGAUUAGGGCCCUAUUCGAACAGCAUUAAGAAGGAAGAGAAAGAGAUUAAGGACUUAGCUAAGAAGAUCAAUGACCUGUGUGGUAUCAAGGAAUCUGACACUGGUCUGGCUACACCAAGCCAGUGGGAUCUGGUAUCUGAUAAGCAGAUGAUGCAGGAGGAACAACCACUUCAAGUUGCCAGGUGCACCAAGAUAAUCAACCCAAAUACCGAGGAUGCCAAAUAUGUAAUAAACGUCAAACAAAUUGCUAAGUUUGUAGUUGCGCUUGGUGACAAAGUCUCCCCUACUGAUAUAGAAGAGGGCAUGCGCGUUGGUGUUGAUCGUAACAAGUAUCAGAUACAAAUACCAUUGCCUCCGAAAAUUGAUCCAAGCGUCACGAUGAUGACCGUGGAAGAGAAGCCAGAUGUAACAUACAAUGACGUUGGUGGUUGUAAAGAGCAAAUAGAAAAACUGCGAGAAGUUGUUGAACUUCCCAUGCUUCACCCAGAGAAAUUUGUGAAGCUUGGAAUCGAUCCUCCCAAGGGCGUUUUAUGCUAUGGUCCUCCUGGAACUGGGAAAACUUUGUUGGCUAGAGCUGUGGCCAACAGAACCGAUGCAUGUUUUAUUCGUGUCAUCGGUUCUGAACUUGUUCAAAAAUAUGUUGGUGAAGGAGCUCGUAUGGUUCGGGAGCUUUUUCAGAUGGCUCGGUCGAAGAAGGCUUGCAUUGUCUUCUUUGAUGAGGUUGAUGCAAUUGGUGGCGCUCGAUUUGAUGAUGGUGUGGGCGGAGAUAAUGAAGUUCAGCGCACAAUGCUUGAAAUUGUUAACCAACUUGAUGGGUUUGACGCUCGAGGGAAUAUCAAAGUGCUAAUGGCAACAAACAGACCUGACACCUUGGACCCAGCACUUCUACGUCCUGGAAGACUAGAUCGUAAGGUAGAGUUUGGACUGCCAGAUAUGGAGAGCAGGACUCAGAUUUUCAAAAUCCAUACGCGGACAAUGAAUUGUGAAAGAGAUAUUCGCUUUGAGCUCCUUGCACGGCUUUGUCCAAAUUCAACUGGAGCCGACAUCAGGAGUGUCUGCACUGAAGCCGGAAUGUAUGCCAUUAGAGCACGUAGGAAGACGGUGACGGAGAAGGACUUCCUGGAUGCCGUCAACAAGGUCAUAAAGGGAUACCAGAAGUUUAGUGCCACACCUAAAUACAUGGUGUACAACUAACCUAGACAUGUGCUUUUCGAACACCACCUAAUGUAUUUGUAGUAGAUUUUGUAAUUUGUUUCCAGAAUUACUUGUUGUACACCUUGGGAACACCACAUACCUCAUAUUUCUAAGCUAGUCAAAUGUUUCUGCUUUUGUUUUUGGUAACCUCAGAUUGGGUGUGUUUUUUUUUUUUUUUUUUUUUU